UAAAGACCGCUUUAUGUGCUUUCGUGCUUAGCGAUGUAUAUUGUAUAUGCAUUCCUAAGUCUGGCAUCAUUUGAAAAGUUUGUGAAAAAUUGUCAAAUAGGAUGCCUUGGAUGGAAUACAAAAUAAUAUUAAGCUUUGAAUAGUUUUUUCGUGGAUUUAUAAGCAUUUGAUUAUAACUGGUACUUUUAUGUAGUUAUGUCAAGAAACGGAGAUAUUAUGGAUGGUAUAGAACCGUGCCGAACAUGCGGCAUAUUUUAUUUAACAACUUCCAAUUUUCUCCGCCAAAUUUUCGACCCUUCAGCAGAUGAGUAUAACUUAUCAAAUAUCCGUACUGAAUUAGCUGCCUGGAAUGUUGAGAUCAAUCAAAGCGAUGGCUUACCGCAAUUCAUUUGCACAUGCUGCAUUCUUGAAUUCCAAAAACUUUUUAAAUUUCGAGGACUCUGCGUAGAGCUGCAAGCUCAAUGGAGACAUUUUUACAAUUUAAGAGAAGAAAAUAAGAUAUAUAUUAAAAAAGAGUUGCCUGAGCCAGAUGAGAAACUCGAAAAUGUUUGCGACUUUAUUUACGUGGAUGACUUAAGCGAUAGUGAAUACAACAGCGAGACAAAAGGAAACUUUGGCUCUUUUAAUAUUUCUCAUGUUCCUAUUAAAGAGGAAAUUGUUAAUGAAACACCUAUUGGAAAUGAUAAAUUUGUUUCAACGACGGAAGAUUCAUUUCACCCAAAUGAAAUGGAAAUGCCAAAAGGUAGUGUAGAAAGUACCCUCAUUGAUUCAAAAACAAGAUACUCUGCUGAACCAGAGUUAUUAGACAGAUCAACUUGCUCAGAUUCCAGUUUUGAAACUAAACAAGGAUUAUCAAUGGGUGUUGAAUGUACCUUGUGUCGACAUAUGUCAUCUUCUGCUGAGGUCCACAAGCGACACAUGCAAAGAAUCCAUGAAGUAAAGGAUAUGGAUUGUCAUAUUUGUGGAAAACAGUUCAAAAAUUCUACAAGUACCCGUCUAAAGUUUCACCUAAAAUGGCACAGAAUUAGCAAACAUAUUAAAUGCGCCCAAUGUGGAUUUUUCUGUGAUUCACGUGAAACACUUAAAGAACAUACAAAGGCCAUACAUUCAAAAGUCGAAUGUCCUACCUGUGGUAAACGCGUUUUGGGGAAAAAGAUGAAAAUUCAUAUGCGCACUCAUGAACUAAGAACAUGGCAAUGCUCCUAUUGCGAUGAAGUAUUUAAAGCGGAAAGUGUACUGGAGUCUCACAUUUGGCAAGUACACGCUAAAGAAGAAACCCCGCCUAUAACAUCAGUGGGUAGUCCUUCCUCAAAUAAAUUGUUGAAUGAAGCACAUUUACCUUGUAAUCAUUGUGACCAAUUAUUUGCAACACAACACGAUUUGAAUGCACAUAACCUGGAGUGCCAUUUGAUGCGAAACACUGCCGAGGAGGAAUCAUACGUUGAGGGAGACAUUCAAAGUGAACAGUUCCAUUACGCAGACCAAACAGAUAUAUUGCAAAUUGCCGAUACAAACAUUAACGAUACAGUGGAAUCAGGGACAAAUGAGAAAGAAAUUUCAUAUGACUCAAGUAACUAUAACGAAUUCACACAUGUUAUUUCUUCUGAUGAGGAAACGGGCGAAAAUGAGAUCCAGACCGAUACAAUUAAAGAAUUCCCUUUUCCAAAAUGUACACAACCAUUUUUAAGUACUGAAGAACUUUGUACUCACUAUCAACAGCAUCUGCAAAAGCCUGAGUUCAGCUGCCAUAUAUGUGGCAAAUCUUUUGAACUUAAAUUUAGUCUUAAUCGUCAUUUGAUCAAACACAAGACGCAGUAGUUUAAAUAUAUGUUAUU